AUACUGUUUAUUAGUUCAUAAAUAUCGAGUUGCAGUCUCCCUAUUCCGUUUCCGCAUCCGUCAUCUUUCUUUCCGGUUUUGUGCCCUCUCGUAGCCAUCAUGAAGGUCGAGUUGUGCAGUUUCAGCGGGUAUAAAAUAUACCCCGGCCAUGGCCGCCGAUACGCCAGGAUAGACGGAAAGGUGUUCCAGUUUCUGAAUGGCAAGUGCGAGUCUGCCUUCCUGGCCAAGAGGAACCCAAGACAGAUCAACUGGACUGUGCUGUACAGACGCAAGCACAAGAAGGGACAGUCUGAAGAGGUGGCAAAGAAGCGUACCCGCCGCGCAGUGAAAUUCCAGAGGGCCAUAACUGGUGCCUCCCUGGCUGAGAUCAUGGCCAAGAGGAACCAGAAACCUGAGGUCCGCAAGGCCCAGAGGGAGCAGGCCAUCAGAGCUGCCAAGGAGGCCAAGAAGGCCAAACAGGCAGCCAAGAAGCCCGCUGCUCCAAGUGCAAAGUCGUCUACAAAGGCAGCACCGAGACCCAAGAUCGCUAAGACCAUGAAGGUCAGCGCACCCCGCGUCGGUGGAAAACGCUAAACCUGACCUAUUGUUUAGGGUUGUGAAUAAAAGACUUUUGAUUAACCAUCA